UGAAAGAUCAUAAUGCCUGUUUGUUAUUAAGGCGAAAAAUGACUUUUAUUUUGGUCUGGUGUUGUGACGUCAUAAAGCUGCGCUGCAGCGUCUGCGACUCGGCUGAAGAAAGAUCUAUGCAACACUAUUAUAAGAUGGCAUUUAUUAAAGUGGAGAGUGAAGACAUUAAGAUUGAAGAAACAUUCAGAGUCAAACAUGAAGAUGAUACUGAGGAACAAACAAAGAUGGAGUUUAUUAAAGAGGAGACUGAAGAAACAUUCACAGUCAAACAUGAAGAAGAUACUGACGAACAAACAAAGAUGGAGUUUAUUAAAGAGGAGAGUGAAGACAUGAAGAUUGAAGAAACAUUCAGUCUCAAUCAUGAAGAUACUGAGGAACAAACAAAGAUGGAGUUUAUUAAAGUGGAGAGUGAGGACAUGAAGAUUGAAGAAACAUUCAGUCUCAAUCAUGAAGAUAUUGAGGAACAAACAAAGAUGGCGUUCAUUAAAGAAGAGAGUGAAGACAUGAAGAUUGAAGAAACAUUCAGAGUCAAACAUGAAGAUACUGAGGAACAAAGAAAGAAAGAAUUUAUUAAAGAGGAGACUGAAGAAACAUUCACAGUCAAACAUGAAGAAGAUACUGAGGAACAAAAAGACCUGAUGACACUGAAAGGGGAGAGUCAAGAACUCGAUGAAAAGGAAGAUAAAGUUCAGCAUGAGAAAUAUGAUUCCAUGACUGGAGAAAAAUCAUUUAGGUUGUUACAUACUGAAAAGCCUUCAGGAAGCUCAAGAACUCAGAAGACAGAAAAUACAAGUUAUUUCACCUGCCAACAGUGUGGAAAGAGCUUCAUUAAAGAAGAAAACCUUAAAAAACACACAGCAAUUCAUACAGGAGAGAAGCCUUACAAAUGCUCUCAAUGUGGAAAAAGUUGUAAAAAUAAACAGGACCUCGUUGACCACAAGAGGAUUCACUCUGGAGAGAAACCUUUCACCUGCCAACUGUGUAGAAAAAUGUUUAACAGUAAAUCAGACCUUGAAACCCACAUAACAAUUCACAGUGAAGAGAAGUCUUUCGUAUGUUCUCUAUGUGGAAAAUGUUUUAAUAAUAAACAACACCGCGAUGACCACAUGAGGAUUCACACUGGAGAGAAACCUUUCACCUGCGAACAAUGUGGGAAGAGUUUCAAUCAAAAAGGAAACCUUAACAAACACAUGCUGAUUCAUACUGGAGAGAAACCUUUCACCUGCCAGCAAUGUGGAAAGAGUUUCAGUCAAAAAGGGAACCUUAUGAAACACAUGAAGAUUCACACUGGAUAGAAGCCCUUUACAUGAGUUUUGGAUGUAAAGCAGCCCUUAAACAUGUUCAGUCACACCGGUGUGAUUAUUGUUCAGUCUGUCAUUUGAUUAACAGCUAAAUUCAGAUAUGCUUUCAUGUUCACCUGCGCUUGUCAUAUCCCUUUCAGUAAAGCUAUAGUAACCAUGACUGUAGUAACCACAGUUUUACUAAAGUAGGUUCUAUUACAUUUAACAAAAGUUGUGCAGUGGACUUCUACAAAAUAAAAAAUAAGUUACUAUUCUA